AUGGAACCUGAACAACAAUCCGUUGUGCUGGAAAAAUGGUUCUAUCUCACUGACCAGACAUCGGACAACAGAAAUUGUCUGAUAGAACUUUGCCAGCAGACGAAUCUCAUCAUCUGCAUCCAUGUUCAAGAGGAAUCGUCGACGCCAUCAGCUUACGUGGCAAGGGACAACCCUAUUAACGCCAGAGGAGCAGCGAAAGUGAAAGAUCCCGACUCUUGA